AUGGACCCUGGAAAUCACUCAUCAGUGACUGAAUUCAUCCUUGCUGGCCUCACAGAACAGCCACGACUCCAGCUGCCCCUUUUCCUCCUUUUCCUAGGAAUCUAUGUGGUCACGGUGGUGGGGAACCUGGGCAUGAUCAUAUUGAUUGGGCUUAGUUCUUGCCUGCACACUCCCAUGUACUAUUUCCUAAGCAGCUUGUCUUUCAUUGACCUCUGUCAGUCCACUGUCAUUACCCCCAGAAUGCUGGUGAACUUUUUGACAGAGAAGAGCAUCAUCUCCUACCCUGAAUGCAUAACUCAGCUUUACUUCUUCCUUCUUUUUGCCAUCUCUGAGUGUUACAUGUUGGCUGCAAUGGCAUAUGAUCGCUAUGUUGCCAUCUGUAUCCCCUUGCUGUAUAAUAUUAUCAUGUCACAUCAGGCCUGUUUCUCCCUCAUUUCGGGACUGUAUAUGAUGGGAUUGAUAUGUGCCUUCGCCCACACAGGCUGCACGCUUAGAGUUCAUUUCUGCAAAUUAGAUGUGAUCAACCAUUAUUUCUGUGAUCUUUUGUCCCUCCUAAAGCUUUCCUGCUCUAGCACCUAUGUCAACGAAUUGCUGGUUCUAUGUUUUAGCGCAGUUAACAUCUUUGCCCCCAGCCUGAUCAUUGUCAGCUCCUACGUCUUCAUUAUUUCCAGCGUCCUCCGCAUUCCUUCAGUGAAGGGCAGAUCUAAAGCCUUCAGCACAUGCAGCUCCCACAUCUCAGCUGUUGCUAUUUUCUAUGGGUCUGCAGCAUUCAUGUAUUUGCAGCCAUCAUCAGUCAGUUCCAUGGAUGAAGGGAAAGUGUCCUCUGUGUUUUACACUAUUGUUGUACCCAUGCUGAACCCCCUGAUUUAUAGUCUACGGAACAGGGAUGUCAAUGUUGCCCUGAAGAAAAUGCUGCACUAUACCAGAAGCCACAUUAGCCACAAUUCCUAG